AUGAUUAACAAGGCGAAAAAAAUGGCGCUCCUCAGAAACGAAAAAGCAGCCCAACUGCUGGCCGCCGGCCCGCACGGUCAUCAGGUGCCGCCGCCGAGGACACAGGGCGCUGCCACGGGAGGAGUGCAACUCUCCGCCACUGCCAAUCAGUUUGUCGACAAGAUUGACCCGUUCUCGAAGAGGGGCACGUCGCGACGGCGGCGGAUCGUCAACAGCAGCCGAUAUCAUCCGGAAAAUGAGCCCGAGCUCACCGCACUUCCGCUUAUUAAGGACACGGCUCCAGCCGAGCAGACGCCCCUCGUCAUCCAGAAACUGAUCCAGUGCCAGCGCAUCUUCGACUUCUACGACCCGGUCGCCCAGCUCAAGUCCAAGGAGAUCAAACGCGCGGCCCUCAACGAGCUGAUCGAUCACAUUACGACGGUUAAAGGGGCCAUCGUCGAGGGGAUCUAUCCGGAGGUGAUCAAGAUGGUGUCGAAGAACAUCUUCCGCGUCCUUCCGCCGUCAGACAACUCGGAGUUCGACCCCGAGGAGGACGAGCCGACCCUCGAAGUCUCCUGGCCGCAUCUGCAGUUGGUGUACGAGCUGUUCCUGCGUUUCCUCGAGUCGCCCGACUUUGCCGCCUCGAUCGGCAAGAAGUACAUCGAUCAGCGAUUCGUGCUCAAUUUGCUCGACCUGUUCGACUCGGAGGAUCCGCGUGAGCGCGACUUCCUGAAAACGGUCCUCCACCGUAUCUACGGGAAAUUCCUCGGUCUGCGCGCCUUCAUCCGGAAACACAUCAACAACAUGUUCCUAUCGUUCGUCUACGAGACCGAGUCGUUCAACGGGGUCGGCGAGUUGCUCGAGAUUUUGGGGAGUAUCAUCAACGGGUUCGCACUGCCGCUGAAGGCCGAGCACAAGCAGUUCCUGGUGAAGGUGCUGCUCCCGCUGCACAAACCCCGGUGUCUCUCGCUAUAUCAUGCUCAGCUGGCCUACUGCGUGGUGCAAUUCAUCGAAAAGGACUCGACGUUGACGCCGCAGGUUUUCGAUGCCCUGCUCAAAUUCUGGCCCCGCACGUGCUCCAGCAAGGAGGUGAUGUUCCUUGGCGAAGUCGAAGAGAUCCUGGACAUCAUCGAGCCCGAGCAGUUCAAGAAGAUCAUCGACCCUCUCUUCAAGCAGCUCGCCAAAUGCGUCAGCAGCCCCCAUUUCCAGGUAGCGGAACGGGCGCUGUACUUCUGGAACAACGAGUACAUUCUGUCGUUGAUAGAGGAGACGAGUGCCCACGUGAUGCCGAUUAUGUUCCCCGCACUCUACAGGAUCUCCAAGGAACACUGGAACCAGACGAUCGUUGCCCUGGUCUACAACGUGCUGAAGACGUUCAUGGAGAUGAAUGGCAAGCUGUUCGACGAGUUGACGAGCACAUAUAAGAUGGAGCGCCAGAAGGAGCGAAAACGGGAAAAGGACCGCGAAGAACUGUGGAAACGAUUGGAAGCUAUUGAGCUGGCCGGCGGAGAGGAAGCCGACGGAAAAUUGUUACUCACCGGACCCCCGCUCACCUCUUUCAUCGGCAACAAGACGUCCGAAGUGACGGGCGGCGACAAGAGCCCGGGCGCCGUCAAGAAGACGUCCUCGUCAAGCGGUGGAGCCCCGCCCGCCUCGAAGAAA